GCGGCGGGGCGGGGCCUGGCUGUCAGUGGGGCUGAGAGGAGGAAGGAGCCGGCAGCGUGCGUGCGGUGUGAGGGGCGGGACGGGCGGCCUGCGGAGGGUCUGGCCAGGGGGCAGCUGGGCCAUGCGGGCGGGCCGGGGCGCUGGGUCUCCGGGCCCCAUGGCGGUCGCCGCCGCUGUGGUGCUGCUGCUGAGCGGCGUGGGGCCGGCGCGCGGCUCCGAGGACAUCGUGGUGGGCUGCGGGGGCUUCGUCAAGUCGGACGUGGAGAUCAACUACUCGCUCAUCGAGAUAAAGUUGUACACCAAGCAUGGGACUUUGAAAUACCAAACAGACUGUGCCCCUAAUAAUGGUUACUUUAUGAUCCCCUUGUAUGAUAAGGGAGAUUUCAUUUUGAAGAUCGAACCCCCCCUUGGGUGGAGUUUUGAGCCGACGAGCGUGGAGCUGUACGUGGACGGCGUUAGCGACAUCUGCACCAAGGGCGGGGACAUCAACUUUGUGUUCACGGGCUUCUCUGUGAACGGAAAGGUGCUCAGCAAAGGCCAGCCGCUGGGGCCCGCGGGGGUUCAGGUGUCCCUGAGAAACACCGGCACAGAGGCGAAAAUCCAGUCCACGGUGACACAGCCCGGGGGAAAGUUUGCGUUUUUUAAAGUUCUUCCUGGAGAUUACGAAAUCCUUGCAACCCAUCCAACCUGGGCCCUGAAAGAGGCAAGCACCACAGUGCGCGUGACCAACUCCAAUGCCAAUGCAGCAGGUCCCCUCAUAGUUGCUGGUUACAAUGUGUCUGGCUCUGUCCGGAGUGAUGGGGAGCCCAUGAAAGGGGUGAAGUUUCUCCUCUUCUCUUCUCUAGUGACCGAAGAGGAUGUCCUGGGCUGCAAUGUCUCGCCGGUGCCCGGCUUCCAGCCCCCAGAUGAGAGCUUGGUGUAUUUGUGCUAUGCGGUCUCCAAAGAAGAUGGCUCCUUUUCCUUCUAUUCCUUGCCCAGUGGGGACUACACCGUGGUCCCAUUCUACAGAGGGGAGAGGAUCACCUUUGAUGUUGCCCCUUCCAGGCUUGAUUUUACGGUGGAACACGACAGCCUGAGGAUCGAGCCUGUGUUCCACGUCAUGGGGUUCUCCGUCACUGGCAGAGUCUUGAACGGGCCCGAAGGAGAAGGGGUUCCGGAGGCAGUGGUCACUCUGAACGACCAGAUCAAAGUCAAAACCAAGGCUGAUGGCUCCUUCCGCCUAGAGAACAUCACCACGGGGACCUACACCAUCCACGCACAGAAGGAGCACCUCUACUUCGACACGGUCUCCAUCAAGAUCGCGCCCAACACCCCACAGCUGGCGGACAUCAUCGCCACAGGGUUCAGUGUCUGCGGUCAGAUCUCCAUUCUCCGCUUCCCUGACACUGUCAAGCAGAUGAGUAAAUACAAAGUCGUCCUGUCCUCUCAAGACAAGGAAAAGUCUGUGGUCACCGUGGAGACAGACGCUCAUGGGUCCUUCUGUUUCAAAGCCAAACCAGGCAACUACAAAGUCCAGGUGCUGGUGCCUGAGGCAGAGACCAGAGCGGGCCUGACUCUGAAACCCCAGCUGUUCCCUCUGACCGUGACCGACAGGCCCGUGAUGGAUGUGGCCUUCGUGCAGUUUUUGGCCUCGGUUUCUGGGAAGGUCUCCUGCUUGGACACCUGCGGAGACCUACUGGUGACCUUGCAAGCCCUGAGCCGCCAGGGCGAGAAGAGGAGCCUACAGCUCUCCGGCAAGGGCAACUCCAUGACUUUCACCUUUGACAAUGUCCUCCCGGGGAAAUACAAAGUGAGCAUCGUGCACGAGGACUGGUGCUGGAAGAACAAGAGUGUGGAGGUGGAGGCUCUGGAGGAGGACGUGGCGGCUGUGGAGUUCAGGCAGACGGGCUACAUGCUGCGCUGCUCCCUGUCUCACGCCAUCACACUGGAAUUCUAUCAGGACGGGAAUGGACCCGAGAACGUGGGGAUUUAUAACCUCUCCAAAGGAGUCAACCGAUUCUGCCUGUCCAAGCCUGGUGUUUACAAAGUGACCCCUCGCUCCUGCCACCGGUUCGAGCAAGCCUUCUACACCUACGACACGUCUUCACCCAGUAUCUUGACGUUGACAGCCAUUCGCCACCACGUCCUCGGGACCAUCACCACGGACAAGAUGAUGGAUGUCACUGUGACCAUCAAGUCUUCCAUCGACAGCGAGCCGGCCUUGGUCUUAGGCCCCCUGAAGUCUGUGCAGGAGCUGCGGCGGGAACAGCAGCUGGCCCAGAUUGAGACCCGCAGGCAGGAGAGGGAGAAGAAUGGGAAGGAGGAGGGUGGAGAAGGAAGGACCAAGCCCCCCGCGCAGGAGAUGGUGGAGGAGUUGCAAGGUCCCUUCUCCUAUGAUUUCUCCUACUGGGCUCGGUCUGGAGAGAAGAUCACUGUCACGCCGUCCUCUAAGGAGCUGCUCUUUUACCCCCCGUCCAUGGAGGCUGUGGUCAGUGGAGAAAGCUGCCCCGGGAAGCUGAUCGAGAUCCAGGGCAAGGCGGGUUUGUUCUUAGAAGGCCAGAUCCACCCCGAGUUGGAAGGAGUGGAGAUUGUCAUCAGCGAGAAGGGGGCGAGCUCGCCCCUCAUCACAGUCUUCACUGACGACAAAGGGGCCUACAGCGUUGGGCCCCUGCACAGUGACCUGGAAUACACCGUGAGCUCCCAGAAGGAGGGCUACGUGCUAACAGCCGUGGAAGGGACCAUAGGCGACUUCAAGGCCUACGCCUUGGCAGGCGUGAGCUUCGAGAUAAAAGCAGAAGAUGACCAGCCCCUCCCUGGGGUCCUCUUAUCCCUCAGCGGCGGCGUGUUCCGUUCCAACCUCUUGACUCAAGACAACGGCAUCCUGACCUUCUCAAACCUGAGCCCUGGCCAGUAUUACUUCAAGCCCAUGAUGAAGGAGUUCCGGUUUGAGCCAUCCUCGCAGAUGAUCGAGGUGCAAGAAGGGCAGAACCUGAGGAUCACCAUCACUGGGUACCGCACGGCCUACAGUUGCUAUGGCACCGUGUCAUCUUUGAACGGAGAGCCAGAGCAGGGGGUCGCCAUGGAAGCCGUGGGACAGAAGGACUGCAGCAUUUACGGAGAAGACACGGUGACUGAUGAGGAGGGCAAGUUCAGGCUCCGUGGCUUGCUGCCGGGGUGCGUGUACCACGUCCAGCUGAAGGCUGAAGGCAACGACCACAUCGAGCGGGCGCUGCCCCACCAUCGGGUGGUCGAGGUUGGCAAUAAUGACAUCGAUGACGUGAACAUUAUCGUCUUCCGGCAGAUUAAUCAGUUUGAUUUGAGUGGGAACGUGAUCACUUCCUCCGAGUACCUCCCCACGCUAUGGGUCAAGCUGUACAAAAGCGAGAACCUGGACAAUCCCAUCCAGACCGUGUCUCUGGGCCAGUCCCUCUUCUUCCACUUCCCCCCGCUGCUGAGAGACGGUGAGAACUAUGUGGUACUGCUGGACUCCACGCUCCCCAGAUCACAGUACGACUACGUCCUGCCUCAAGUGUCCUUCGCCGCCGUGGGCUACCACAAGCACGUCACCCUGAUUUUUAACCCCACAAGGAAGCUCCCUGAGCAAGACAUCGCCCAAGGAUCGUACAUCGCCCUGCCGCUGACGCUGCUUGUUCUGCUGGCCGGUUACAACCACGACAAGCUCAUUCCCUUACUGCUGCAGUUGACAAGUCGGCUGCAGGGAGUACGUGCCCUCGGCCAGGUGGCCUCCGACAACAGCGGCCCUGAAGACGCAAAGAGACAGGCCAAGAAACAGAAGACCAGGCGGACGUGAGGACCCAGAGGGGCGGCUGGGCUCUCCCAGGGGGUGGCCAGCAGCCCACGGGGCAAAGCAUAUGCCAACGUCGCUCCUGCCCGUGCCACAGGCCUGCGCCUCCUGUGCCACCCACCCCCUCCUUGGUGCAAUGCAAUGAAUGGACCCUCCUGUCACUCUGCUGAACACAACUUGUUUUCUGAGUUGGAGAUAAUUUAUUAUUAUUAUUUUUGUCAAAAAAGUAUUUAAGCUGAGCUGGUGGCGUGAGAAUGUGAUUCCUAGUCUUCAGUGUUCACGUGGUGUUGGGUUCCAUGGUGAAACCCCUUUUGGAUUCGUUUUUCCCUUCCCUCCCAUCCCCUCCCCUCGCUGGCAACCACAGCAGCCUAUGUCCACCACCAAGAGCAACUGUUAGGAGGAAAAUGCAAUAAAACUGCCCAUUCGUCUGUGUUGUAGCUCA